GAUAUUGCUCUCUCUAAUUCCUAGAGGCAAUUACAGAGGCUUAAAAUGAUAGGUAGACCAAGAUCACACAAGUAGAAAGUGGUAGGCUGUGGGUUGGACUUCAAAGUCCAUGUUCAUUCCAUUACUCUCACCUUGUUCUAGUAAAUCUGUUAGAACCUCAAAGUAUUGGCCAGCGAUUAAUAUUCCACUCUGUGUCAGGCAGUCCAUGGCAUUUUUCAAGUUAGGAAAGCCUAGAGAAGGUAAGUUUUCUAAGUGCCUUGGAAGUGGCCCCUGUGGGCCCGAAACACAUCCUUCUUCAUCCGACAUCUUUCUCACCAACCUGGCCUGAGUGUCAGUGUCAUUUUUAUGCGAGGUGGGGAGCCGGGGUCAACUGCCCACGUGCCACUGCUUUCCAGAAGAAAAAUGAUCCUCAAGGCUACCUGAUUCCUUUCCCUCACGAGCUGCCAUCCCAUAGGCGGCCGCCAGGGGUCCUCUCUUGGCGCCUCCGCGUGAUUGGCGAGACCCGGCUGCGCAGCGCGCCGGGUGCAUGUGGGGGCUGCUUCGGAGCGGCGGCUGCAGGGGGAGCCCAGCGUUUGUCGGCGCGCGGGCUGGCUCCCUGGGAUCGCGCGCAGGCUGGAGCGCCCCUCGUGUGGUUCAGCAAGCGUCGCCGCUGCUGCCCGGAAUUCAGCCUUUUCUCUUGCGCGGGCUGCAGCUGACUAGACCGAGGGAGCCGACAGGGCCCUGGGCUGAAGGUACGACCCCUCGGAAAGAACAUGAGGUUCCCUUGGAAAUCAUUUAAGAGGAAGAUGGAAGGGACCAUUUAAAAGAGGUUUAAAGCUGCAGGCUGCAACACUGGGGCCUGAGGGCUGGCAGUGGAAAACCCUGUUGGGCUGUGAUCUCUCACUAAGAAGUUCCAAGUGCCUUUUUGCUUCCUGCAAAAGAAAGGAAGAGAAGAAGACCAUGUCUAUAGCCCUGAAGCAGGUGUUCAACAAGGACAAGACCUUCCGGCCCAAGAGAAAAUUUGAGCCUGGCACACAGAGGUUUGAGCUGCACAAACGGGCUCAGGCAUCCCUCAACUCGGGUGUGGACCUAAAGGCAGCCGUGCAGCUGCCCAGCGGAGAAGACCAGAAUGACUGGGUGGCAGUGCAUGUGGUGGACUUCUUCAAUCGGAUCAACCUCAUCUACGGCACCAUUUGUGAGUUCUGCACUGAGCAGACCUGCCCUGUGAUGUCAGGGGGCCCUAAAUACGAGUAUCGGUGGCAGGAUGACCUCAAGUAUAAGAAGCCAACUGCACUGCCAGCUCCCCAGUACAUGAACCUUCUUAUGGAUUGGAUUGAGGUCCAAAUCAACAAUGAGGACAUAUUUCCAACAUGUGUGGGUGUUCCCUUCCCGAAGAACUUCCUUCAGAUCUGCAAGAAGAUCUUGUGCCGCCUUUUCCGGGUCUUUGUCCAUGUCUACAUCCAUCACUUUGACCGAGUCAUUGUGAUGGGUGCAGAGGCCCAUGUCAACACCUGCUACAAACACUUCUAUUACUUCGUCACAGAGAUGAACCUCAUAGACCGCAAGGAGCUAGAGCCUUUG